AUGGACGCUUUGAAUAGUUUAACUGAUCAUCAAAGAAGCGUUUUAGAGCAAUACCAAAGCAGAACAUAUUCAGAAGACAUCACAACAUCUAUUCGCAUUUUAAGAGAGAACAAUUGGGACAUUGAGCUUGCUGAACAAAACUCUUAUCAAAAUACGGAUUCCAGAAGCUACGCAGCCCAUCAUGAGCAAGAUUCCCUUUCCUCCACUUCAGCAUUGCUAGGCAAUAAUGCAGGCACAAAUGCCAGUUCCUCGAAUAAACGGCUUUUGUGGAUAUUCAUGUGGCCAUUUAGCUUGGCAUGGCGUAUUAUUGGAAGUCUGUUUCAUUUCACAGCUCGCCUGCUAUAUCGACCUUCCAUCACAGGACCCCGACGAGAUGCUCGAACAGAAGCUGAUAGAUUCUUGCGUGAUUUCGAAUCAACCUAUGGCACAACACACCCAGAAUUUUUCAGCGAGGGAGGAUACACACAGGCAUUGAAAGCGGCCAAAAAGGAAUUGAAAUACAUGCUGGUGAUUUUAUGUAGCGAGGAGCAUGACGAUAACAAUGCAUUUUGUCGAGAGACAUUGACAGAUGUAGAGCUGUUGGAUUUUUUGCACCAGAAGCAAGUCAUUUGUUGGGCUGGCAAUGUGCGAUAUACAGAGGCAUAUCAAGUAAGCAACACACUCCAAGCAACAACAUACCCAUUUCUGGCAAUCAUUGCUCUACAACAAACCAACGGCACCUCCAAAAUGUCUGUGGUUGAUCGCAUGGAGGGCCCUCUGUCAGCAUCGUCCAUUAUGCGUCGUUUCGAUAGUGUCAUUGCACGUAUUGGCCAUUCGCUCGAUCAUUUGCGUGCGGAAAGAGCACAACGAGAGACAGAACGUCGAUUGCGACAAGAGCAGGAUCAAGCUUACAGAGAGAGUUUGAAUGCAGAUCAACGAAAGCAAGAGUUACUACAGAAAAAGAAGGACGCUGCUCUCAAGGCCAAACAAGCCAAGGAGACAUUGGCUCGUAAGCGUCGACAAUACAUUCAGUACCUUUGCCAGCAUGCGUUGAAACGAGAUAUUACACCGGAUCAAAAGGCAACUCGGAUCAGCUUUCGAUUAUCCAACGGCGAUCGUGUGAUUCGACAAUUCAGUGGCGAUGAUACAUUGGCGUCUCUGUACGAGUACAUUGAAGCGUAUUCUCAUAUGGACAGUAUUGUCAGCGAUGUGCCUGUGUCUUUGCCCGAGAACUAUGUGCACCAAUACAAGUUUACCAUGCACUCACCGUUUCCAAAGACUGUCUAUCUCCCUGAUCCAAGUAAAAAAAUCAUAGAUGAAAAGGGAUUGUGGCCUAGUGCUACAUUGAUUGUGGAUACCAAUGAAGAAGAAGAAGAAGAGGAGGAGAGUCAAGAUAGUCAUGAGGAAGACGUAGAUUAA